CCUAAAGUUACAUUUAAGUUUUUAUCUUAUAUAUAUUUUUGUUAUUUUUUAAACCCAAUUAAAAUGGUUAAAGCUUGGUAUAUGGACGAUGAUUUAACAUCUGACCAACGACUAGAACACCACAGAAAUCCUCAGGAAUACAUCUCUAUAGAUGAUUUGUACAAAAAAACCGGUGUGGAAUAUUUUAGCUUGAAUGUGGACACAUAUGCAACAGAUGGUGUGCUUGAUAAUCUGAAGAAACAAAGAGGUUACACAUAUGAGGAUGAGAUUGUUUGCUCUAAGGAGUGUCUCCCUAAUUAUGAAGAGAAGAUCAAGAGUUUCUAUACGGAACAUCUUCACACAGAUGAAGAGAUCAGAUUUGUGGCUGAGGGUUCCGGCUAUUUCGACGUUCGAGAUAAUGCGGAGCGAUGGAUCCGCAUCGCUGUGUAUCCUGGUGACAUGAUCGUCAUACCCAGUGGUAUAUACCACAGAUUCACGUUGGACACAAAUAACUACAUCCGAGCUAAGCGUUUCUUCAUUGGCGAACCGGUGUGGAAGCCAUACGACCGGCCUGCUGAUGACAUGGACUGCCGCAAGGAAUAUAUUGAAAAGCAGCGAAAAGGGUUCUUGGUUACUGCCAGCUGAAAUAAUAGCAUAUCGCCUAACUAGUGAUAAUUAGAUGUAGAAUUAAUAAUACAGUGAGUAAUAAUUGAAAUAGAUUGGAAAAAUAUUCAGUAAUAUCUUAUAUAUAAAAUUCUCGUGUCACAGUUUUCGUUCCCAUACUCCUCCGAAACGGCUUGACCGAUUCUGAUGAAAUUUUGUGAGCGUAUUGAGUAGGUCUGAGAAUCGGCCAACAUCUAUUUUUCAUCCCCCUAAAUGUUAGGGGUAGUCCACCCCUAAAUUUU